UCUUUUUCAAUAUAAUGGAUUCUUCAAUAUAGUGCAAGAAUCGUAUCGCUAUUUUGACACAGUCAAUGUUACACACUGAAAUGGUCAAUGUACAUAGUUGAUAUAGGGAAAAUGAAUUAGAUUUAGAGAGAUCCUUCCUUGAUUUCAAUCACACGCUGUAAACACUGAGUGAUGUAGGAGGAAUAAUGUCAUCUUGUACUUGUGGUGAGAAAAAGGAUAGCAAUUGUGGGUAUUGUGGCUCAUUUAGGGACAGACAAAGCACUGUCCUUAGUUUAAACCCAAUGUCCGCGUUCAGCAACUACCAACCAGAAUUCUCGGUUUCUGUAACAGAGUCUGACUGGCAGUGUCCCCAGUGUACCUACAUGAACAAUCCCAUAGCAGUCUCCUGUGAGCUGUGCGGCAGCAACAGACCUGUUCAACAAGUGGAUUCUGAAAAUAGCAUGAAGUCGAAUGAUCCCAACACCCCUGUCUCAAACGAAACCGAUGAAGUGAGGAUAAUUUUAGUGGGAAGAACUGGAGCUGGAAAAAGCGCCACCGGAAACACACUGCUGGGCGAGACGGUGUUUCGUUCCGAUGUAUCGAACUCCUCUGUCACCAAAAAAUGCACACGGGGAUCAACCAACCGCUUCGGUCAUCGAUUGCUUGUUGUAGAUACACCAGGACUUUUUGACACGGGGAUGACAAAUGAGGGUAUAACUACCGAAAUCUUGAAGUGUGUUGGACUAACAGCCCCGGGCCCCCAUGCCAUUUUGUUGAUAGUUGCAAUCGGCCGAUUUACUCAGGAGGAAAACGAAACUGUUGUCCUCCUCCGCAAGAUGUUUGGCGAAGACAUGAUGAAAUAUCUCAUUGUUGUAUUCACCCGAAAAGACGAUCUAGACCGAGGAAGCAAAACAAUCCAUCAAAUUGUCAGAGAUUCUCCGAAGUGCCUUCAAAAGAUUGUUGAUGAGUGCGACGACCGCUACUUUGCUCUUGAUAACACCAGAAACGACCCGAAGACCUCGGAACAGCAAGUGCACGAGUUACUAGAGAUGAUACAACAAAUGACGAGAAGAAAUGGCGGAGACUAUUAUACAAGUGCAAUAUUCGACGAAACCGAAUUAGUAAUUCGACAAAGAGAGCAAGAAUUGAAGAAACAAUACGAAGUUGAAAGCAGAAGAAGAAUAACGAAAAUGCGCAGACAGCUUUCCCUGGAAUAUCAGGAGCAGAACAACAGAUAUAAAGAACAAGAGAAAACUUUGAUGGGAAGGUUGGAAACUCUUGAAAUGCAACUAAAUAAAGAAAACGAUGUAGCACUACAAAGGCUGACGCAACUACAAACUGAAAUGGACAAUUUGCAAAUGGAAACCGCAGCGGGAGCCUUUCAGAUGGAAGAGCGCGCGUAUUUGUCAACACUUCAACAAAAAAUUGCGGAUGUGAAGAAGAGAUUGGCAGAAGUUCGCAAAGAACAAGAUGAACUUUAUUCUAAAAGUGUGUCUGCUAUUCCCGACAUUGAUACAACACCUGGGCACUCGAGAAUUGGAGGGUGGGAGGUUGUCCGAGAGAGCGUGCGGGAUGAAAUAGAGCAAGGCGACAAACAUAUUUUGAAAAGAGUCUGGUCAAAUUUGAAAAAUGCUGGGCUUGGUUUAAUACAAAAUUUUAGAGAUAUGUUUGAAAUACUUAAACAAAAAGCAGGUGUUUCUUAGGAAUUCAGGAUCCUCUCUACUCGUAAAUGUAUCUAAGAUUCAAGACAUGUUUCUUAUUUUUUAAUUGUUAUAAAUAAUAUAUUCUUCGAAAGUAUGAUCAAGAAAUUUUCAACAAUCUCUAAUAAAUCAAAAAAUGGACUCAAGACGUUUGUUCUACGUAUGGUCAUUGGUUAUUUUUAAAUCGAGGUAGGCUACUGACAUAUUGAUGUUACAGGGGUUUCAACAGUCUCAUUAAAAGUCAGCAUUCCGCAAAUUCUAUGGUCGUUAUAUCGAUCGAAUUUGCCAAGGUAACCUAUCAUUGAGUCAAAUGUUGUCUGACGUGUUUCAAACCGAUUGUAAGACCGUUCGUGGCACACUGGUUUUGACUACGGAUUACUCCGUUUACCUGAUCAAGAUAUAGGGCUCACGGCGGAUGUGGCCGGUCGGCAGGGGAGGCACCAGAUCCCACUUCUGGUAUAUCCAGGGGUCCGUGUAUGCCCACUCUCUGUUUUGUAUUGCUUAUAGGAGUUAUGAGAUUGAGAACUGUUCGUUAUUUUCACCUUUCCUAAGUUAAAUAAAAAAAAAUAAGGAAUUCCUAGUAGCUUAAUAUUAGGGAGCGUGAUAAUUCCCUAACCCCAAAUAUAAACAAGUCAUAUUUUUAAUCCUAAAAUAACCUUUCAUAUUCUGCUGAUUCCACAUCAUAUAAAUAAACCCAAUAUUUGAAUUAAUCUCGAAAUCAGAUUGCAUUUGAUAUCAUGCGCUGAAUAGCAAUCGCCAGGCAUAAGAAUCGGUUUGAAGCACGUCAGACAACUUUUGACCCAUUGAUGGGUUGUAUUCAACAAGUUUCUGAUGAAUUGACAGCAUCUCAAAUAUACAUGUAGCUGUCUCGUCCCAAAAGAAACUGGUUAUACAAUGGCAAUAUUUCUUUGAAUUAUUACACUGAUAAUUUCUAAGUAAUUUAAGUUUUGAUAUUUGGUUUAUUUCUGUGCGCUCUUUUGAGAAAGUAGGGACAUUAACUUUCUGUCUGUAACACUUUGGCCUCCAAAUAAUAUAUCAUACUUUUUGCUCUCUAUAGUAGCAGGGUCCAGGACCUUCAGCUAUUAAACUGUCAGCUAAAAAAAACUUUGUAAACUUUAUACGCAAAUUUAUAUAUAUGAUAUUUUUAUGGGGUUUUUUUUAAAUAAAGUAUAGCACGGCC